GGUUAUCCAUUUGAACUCCGACAAAUAAAUAUAUUGGGAAGUGGCCCGGAGACGACAGUACCACGUUACAUCAUGAAGCUGCUUCUGCUGAUCGCAGGAGCGACAGUGGCGCUUUGCGCCGUACCCCGCGCCCCCAGCACUCGUGAGGUUCUUAUCAACGAGAAUGACGACGGAAGCUUCAGCCUCACGAGCAACGGAAUGUACGUGGCUACCAUCGGCCGCAAGGCGGGCCAGGACAGCGAUGUGACCUUCAACGUAGAAGCCGUCGCCGACGAUGACAGCGACGGAUUCAGGAUCACCGUCUCUUGGGACGGACCCAGUGACAAAAUCUUUGAGGACUGUAUUGACUUUGGUGAAAACCAGUGGUUCGCUGGCCCGGAACAGAAACAACAGCACUGGCCCAUUCAGAACUCCAAAUUGGAGAAAUACUCCAUCAUCUCUAAGGAGGCCGACAAUGCUGCGGUGAGUGAGCGUUACUGGCUCAACUCUGCCGGUACCUACCUGAUCGUAGCUCCCGAAGUACCUCUCUUCGUGGACUACCACAAUGUACUAGACAACCACCUCUGUCUGAUAGCUGAGGUUGCCGACCCCUACUCCACAAGACGUACCCACAACAACUUGAAGUACGACUUAUGGUUCUUCGAGAACGCCAAGGUCGCUCACCAGCACGCCGUCGACACUUACCUCGGCAAGCCCUCCGGCAUUCCGGACUACAGGAUGAUCCAGUACCCUAUCUGGUCCACCUGGGCAAGAUACUCCCGAGAAAUCGACCAGGACAGCCUCUGGGCUUUCGCUAACGAGAUCAAGGACAGUGGUUUCCCCAACGCUCAGUUCGAAAUCGAUGACCUUUGGGAAGUCUGCUACGGUUCCCUGUUCGUGGACGUCAGGAAGCUUCCCGAUCUCAAGAAGCUUAUUCAGGACAUUAAGAGCCUCGGCUUCAGGGUUGCUAUUUGGACGCAUCCCUUCAUCAACAAGGAUUGUGAACCGUGGUACUCUGAAGCUUUAGGAAAAGGCUACCUGGUCCUGAACGAAGAGGGUAGCCCCGACUCCACCUGGUGGAACAACAACGGCUCAGUCCCUGGCUACAUCGACUUCACCAACCCCGAGGCAGCUGAGUGGUACUCCAGCAGAGUCCAGAACCUUAUCGACACUUACGACAUCGACACCAUCAAGUUUGAUGCCGGAGAGUCCAGCUGGUCUCCUCAGAUCCCAGUACAGAACGGUCUCGACAUCGACCUGCACCCCGGACACAUCGUGCAGUCCUACGUGCGCACCGUCGCCAAGUUCGGACCUGCCAUCGAAAUCAGAUCCGGAAUGAGGACCCAAGACCUGCCGGUAUUCAUCCGUAUGGUUGACAAGGACACCUACUGGGACUUCAACAACGGCUUGGCCACCCUUGUGACUACCCUCCUGUCCAUGAACCUCAACGGCUACACCCUCGUGCUCCCCGACAUGAUCGGAGGCAACGGCUACAACGAGUCCCCCAGCAAGGAGCUGUUCAUCAGGUGGCUGCAGGCUAACGUGUUCAUGCCUACACUGCAGUACUCCUUCGUGCCUUGGGAUCAUGAUGAUGAGACCGUAGAGAUCUCCCGUCGCUACACCCACUUGCACGCUGACUACGCGGACACCAUCGUGGCCGCUAUGGAGGCCUCCGUCAAGGACGGUACUCCCGUCAACCCGCCCAUCUGGUGGCUGGACCCCAACGACCAGGACGCACUCGCAGUUAAUGAUGAAUUCCUGCUUGGCGAGAAGAUCCUAGCCGCGCCAGUGAUGGUGGAGGGCGCGGUGUCACGUGACGUGUACCUGCCCCGCGGGAACUGGCGGGACGGCAACAGCGGGGAGCUGGUGCAGGGCCCCGUCUGGCUCAGGGACUACCCGGCGCCCCUCGACGUGCUCCCGUACUUCACGCUGGAAGAUUGAAUUCUAUUUAUGUAAUUGUAAUUUAUUAAAUCUAUGUAAGUUUGUUUGAGUUUA